AUGCCCCAUUUCAUCGGCGAGAUGCGCUCGAAAAUGGACCAGAACCACGCAGAGUUGAGGCAGUCAUUGCAGGAGAUGGAUUUCAGCAAGCUCAUGGACCUCACGUAUGACUGCCGAAUGCAGGUGGCCUCCACCUCAGAGGCGCUGAAGGCCAGUAUGGAGGCCACCCGAGCUUCCGCAGCCGAAGCAGCCGAAGAAGCGGAAGGACGUCCGCAGGCUCAGGUUCCCGCCUUUGAUCCUGCUGCAAUCUUGGAACCGAUGCAACAGCUGGUAGACUCUGUCGACUCCCGCAGCGCGCGGGUGCUCGAAGAGAUCCGCCAGGUGGACCCCCGUCGGCACUUUCGCGAGUGCCUCGCCGAAAGUGGCUUGGCGGACUCCGUGCUCGAUCUGCGGGAGGCCCUGCUAUCGACUCUUGGUGACAUCAAGGGAAGACUUCGCGAGCUCGACCCUUCGGGGCCGCUGCGGGAAGUCAAACAGUCCCAAAAUGCCACGGAUGCGUCGCUGAAAGCACUGCGGGACGGCUUGGACUCUCUGGGGCGCGACCUCGAUCGCGACCGCACUGAGCAACUGGGUUGUUUUGGAAGUUUAGUUUCUGCUACCACACACAGGUUUCCUUCUAGGGAUCUAUAA